CGAAUUUUCACCUCUGCCCAGUUUGCCCCUCCGACAGUCUCAUCACAUUGGCUUUGUCGCUUGAGCUUCAUCAUCUACGACUGCUACAGGUGCUCCAAGUUACUCAUACCGAAAUCGAGGCCCUUCGAUCGAUCUCCUGGAGUCUAUAUCACCGGAUUUUAUCCCCCGCAUCUUCAAAGGUGCUUGCCCACACUUGAGGCACAAACUACGACACACGACAAGCACAGUAUCGAAACGAAGCUUCAAAUACAAUCGCCAUGUCUAACCUCAACUCUUGGGAGGACGACCCCGCCGCUCAGGACGAGAACCUCGCUCGCCAGGCACAGCAGCAGCUCAAUGUGAAUGCUCAGCAGGGUGGCCAGGGUGGCUUCCGUCCUGGUGUUGCCUCUUUCCAGCCCUCAGCUCAGUCGUUCCAACCUGGACAGCAGUAUGGUGGUGGCUACAAUGCUCAGUAUCAACAGCAGCAGUACUACCAGCAGGGUGGCUACUACCAGCAGUACGGUGGCCAGGGCGGCAACGGUCAGGGACAGGGAUAUAACCAGUACAACCAGGGCUAUGGCGGUGGCUACAGCCAAGGAUACAACCAGCAGCAGCAAGGCUACAAUGCCAACUACUCCCAGUAUGGUCAGCAAGGCCAGCAGCAGCCCAAGCCUGCCGCUACUAACAUUGGCAACAAGGUGCUCUCCAUUGGGGGCGACUCCUCCGCCCCGAAGCCGGCAGCCGCUGCUGCCAACAUCGGUAACAAGGUUCUUUCUAUUGGAGGCGAAGCUCCCAAGGCCAAGGUUCUUUCGAUCGGAGGUGACGCCCCCAAGCCCAAGGUGCUUUCUAUUGGCGGCUCUGCCGCUCCCAAGGAGGACGCUCCCAAGCCCAAGGUUUUGUCCAUUGGUGGCUCUCCCGCCCCCGCUAAGGAUGAGGCUAAGAGUGAAACACCUGAGGCAGGCCAAAAGGUUGCUGCCGCCAAGGCUAUUGAGAAGACUGGUGAGAAGCCAGCUGCUAGCGGAACUAGCUCUCCCGUCCCAUCUUCUGGCCGUUCCAGCCCCUCUGCUGCUACUGAAAAGAAGGUCCAGCGCGAUGCUGACGCUGUUGCUAAGGAGCAAACUGCUGAUGUUGACGAGGAGACACUUAAGGAAAUUUACGGCAAGGAGCACAUUAACGUAAUCUUCAUUGGCCACGUCGAUGCCGGCAAGUCUACUCUUGGUGGCUCUAUUCUGUAUGCCACCGGCAUGGUCGACGACAGAACCAUGGACAAGUACAAGAAGGAGGCUAAGGAUCUUGGCCGUGAGACUUGGUACCUCUCAUGGGUCAUGGAUCUUACCAAGGAGGAACGCUCCAAGGGUAAGACCGUCGAAGUCGGCCGUGGUUUCUUCGAAACCGACAAGCGUCGAUACAGUAUCUUGGAUGCUCCUGGCCACAAGACCUAUGUCCCCAACAUGAUUGGUGGUGCUUCUCAGGCUGAUGUUGGUAUUCUCGUUAUUUCUGCUCGCAAGGGCGAGUACGAAACCGGUUUCGAGCGUGGUGGUCAGACCAGAGAGCACGCAAUGUUGGCAAAGACCCAAGGUGUCAACAAGCUUAUUGUCGUCAUCAACAAGAUGGACGACCCUACUGUCGAGUGGUCCCACGACCGUUACCUCGAAUGCACAACCAAGCUGGCUCAAUUCUUGAAGGGCACCGGUUACAACCUGAAGACUGAUGUCUUCUUCAUGCCUGUUGCUGCCCAGAGCACUCUUAACAUUAAGGACCGCCUUCCUAAGGGCACUGCUCCCUGGUACGAUGGACCUUCUCUGCUCGAGUACCUUGACGGCAUGCAGACAGUGGAGCGCAAGCUCAAUGCUCCUUUCAUGAUGCCUGUUGCUGCCAAGUACAAGGAUAUGGGUACCAUGAUUGACGGCAAGAUCGAAGCCGGUGUUGUCAAGAAGGGUAUGAGUCUCAUUAUGAUGCCCCGCAAGCAGACUGUUGAGCCUUCUGCUCUGUAUGGUGAGCAGGAAGAGGAAGUCCCCAUUCUUCAGUGUGGUGACCAGGUGCGCAUGCGUCUGCGUGGUAUCGAAGAGGAAGACAUUCUGCCUGGUUUCGUCUUGUGCUCUCCUAAGCGUCUUGUUCACUGUGUCUCUGAAUUCGAGGCCCAGAUUCGCAUCUUGGAGCUCAAGACCAUUCUUUCUUCUGGCUUCAACUGUGUUCUUCACGUUCACUCUGCCAUUGAAGAAGUCACAUUCGCCGCUCUGCUUCACAAGCUGCAGAAGGGUACCAACCGCAAGAGCAAGCUGCCCCCUACGCACGCCAAGCGAGGCGACAGCAUUAUUGCACGCAUGCAAGUCAUUGGUGGUGCUGGUGCUGUCUGCAUUGAGCGAUUCGAAGACUACCCUCAGAUGGGUCGUUUCACCCUGCGUGACCAGGGACAAACCAUUGCCAUUGGCAAGAUCACGAAGCUUAUUACCAACGAAGAUGACGCUUAAAUGCUGAACGGGCACAUUGGAUAAGUGGCCCACGCGAUGGCGCGUAUAAGAAGGGCCAGUGUCAGGAACACACCAAGCCUUCAGUAUGAGAAAUCUAAAUUUGCUGGGAAAUGAUGAUAUGAUGGCUCCAUUAGUAUCGCAUGGGAUGGGAAUUAGAAAGCAGGAAGGCAAAAGUCUAUACACAUAACAACAAUUUCUUUUAGUUUUACACCAUCUGCCUGCGGCAGUAUACAAGAUGUCAGUGAUAUCAUAAUAGCGCGGCUCAAUUACGCAAGCCGAAGCCAACGGCGUCACGGCGCCUGUCGUCGGCGCUUGAUUAACUUAGUCUGAAGAGGUUUGCGGGCCCAAAGAGGAAGGGGCAGGUUUUGGUAGAGACGAAAAUGAAUCGGAACACAAAGCACAAGCACAGCAAAGUGGUCGCUGCUUAGAGGCGGCGGGACGGUAGUGCAGUUCGUUGGCCUCUCGGAGCCGCAACGGGCGGGGCGUUGGAGACGGAGUGGGACAAUGGGGGG